AUGGAUGAUACUUUUGUAUUGGGUAAAAUCAAUAACUUGAAAGUAGAGCAAGAAGACGACGGCAUUAACUGUACUCUGGAAAGAACGGAUAUAAAGACAGAACAAGAUGAUUUCAAACAUGCGGACAGCAGUGAUGAACAGGAAGACAAAGAAAAGAACUUCAUUACCAACCACCCUGGCAAAUAUUUGUCUACAGAAAAUGAAGAUGAUUAUGGAUCUCUUUUUUCUCAGUAUAGUAAUACAUUGUAUGAUGUAGCAAUGGAAGCUGUGACACAAAGCCUCCUUUCUAGCAGAAACAUAAGCUCCAGAAAAAAGUCACCUGCUUGGAACCAUUUUUUUAUAUCUCCUAGAGAUAGCACUAAAGCAAUAUGUAUGUACUGUAUGAAAGAAUUCAGCAGGGGUAAAAAUGAAAAGGACCUGAGUACCAGUUGUCUCAUGAGACACGUAAGGAGAGCACAUCCCACUGUACUAAUUCAAGAAAAUGGAACUAUGCCAGGUAUAUCUUCCUUUUCUUCAUCUGCGUUAUUGCUGCCACCUCAGUCUGCAGAUGUUGGAGACCUGAGUUCUAUGUUAUCACCCAUAAAACUGGUCAAGAAAAUGGCUUCUAAAAUACCAUCUCCGGAUCGAAUAAUUGAGGAAUCUGUUUCAAUUGUUUCUUCUGAAGAAAUAUCAGAUCUCUCAGUUUCUGAAAAGUGCAGCAAAGAAGAAGUCAUGGUCGGUUCGUCUCCACAGCAAACCAACAACCAAUAUGAUGACACUGUUGAGAAUGUAGCAGAAAAAACAGUUGUAAUUCCAAAGGGUGCAUCAGGUUCUAGAAGGAGAUCUGCCGUCUGGAAACACUUUUAUUUGUCACCUCUAGAUAAUUCUAAAGCUGUUUGCAUCCACUGCAUGAAUGAAUUCAGUAGAGGGAAAAAUGGAAAAGACCUAGGAACGAGUUGUUUAAUAAGACACAUGUGGAGAGCCCAUCGUUCCAUUGUCCUGCAAGAGAAUGGGGGUGGUACCAGCAUACCACCUCUCUACACUGCACCUCCUACUCUCUUGCCUUCUUUACUACCGUCAGACAGCGAUCUGAAUUCUAUGUCAUCCUCUCCUGGCAAACUAAUGAAAGAACCAACUUCUGUUUCCUCUUCUCCAGACAGAAUCUCCGAGGAGAUCCAUACCAAUCUCACUGCUGGAGAUACUCUAGUGGAAGACUCAAUGCUGUCAUCUUCUGAUGAUAUAGGUGAAGUCUCCUUUGUUUCAUCUCCUGAAAAACAGUGUGAGGGAUUAGGUCCACUAAUAUUUGAACCUACUGCUGUGUUUCAGCAAAAUAAAAGGAUUAUGAAAAGGCUUAAGUCAGAAGUCUGGCACCACUUUUCACUCUCACCUGCAGACAGUCUAAAAGCAGUAUGCAGAUACUGCAGUUGUAUGAUAAGCCGUGGUAAGAAGGGAGAUGUGGGCACAAGCUGCUUAAUGCGGCAUCUAUAUAGACGUCAUCCUGAUGUAAUUGGAAGCCAAAAGAGCUUUCUCGAUGUGAGUUUGGCAAACUCUCCUUAUGCCACUUUGGCUUCUGCAGAAUGUUCAUCCUCAAAGUUGACUGACUUGCCUACAAUGGUUACACAUGAUAAUCAAAUUAUAUUUCCAGUUAAUAGUAAGAAGACCUCAAAACUGUGGAAUCACUUUUCAAUUUGUUCUGCAGAUUCAACAAAAGUAAUAUGUACACACUGUGGACGUAUAAUAAGUAGGGGGAAAAAGCCAACAAACCUAGGCACAAGUUGCCUUCUAAGACAUUUGCAGCGGUUUCAUAACAAUGUAUUGAAAACUGAUGUCCCAGAGACAGUAUUAUCCUCUUCUACGGAUAAUCAUAUGCCACUCCGCACAGAAUUACUAGGAUCUUCAAAUUUUGAUGAAACCAAUGACAAGUUUUGUGACUCUCAUCCAGUUGCCAAAAAAAUCACAAGUCUUGUAGCUGAAAUGAUUGCACUUGACCUUCAGCCAUAUUCUUUUGUAGACAACAUUGGCUUUAACAGGCUGCUUGAAUAUUUGCAACCUCAGUAUUCUUUACCUUCUCCAUCUUACUUUUCUAGGACAGCAAUUCCAGAUAUGUAUGAUAAUGUAAAACAAAUAAUUAUUUCACAUCUUAAAGAAGCUGAAAGUGGAGUGGUCCAUUUUACAUCUGGAAUAUGGAUGAGCAACCAAACACGAGAAUAUCUAACCCUGACUGCUCACUGGGUAACAUUUGAGUCUUCAUUUCGACCACAGUGUGAGGAUUACCAUUGUUCAGCACUAUUAAAUGUAUCACAGAUUGACUGCGACUACAAUGGAAUCAGUAUUCAAAAGCAGCUAGAAUACUGGUGGGAAACAUGGAUUACUUCCAUUGGACUUCAGAUUGGGAUUACUGUUACUGAUAAUCAGAGUAUAGAGAAAACUUUAAAUGAAGGUGAUCAUUCAAGUGUACAAUGUUUUAGUCACACUGUUAAUGUAAUUGUAAACGAGGCUAUUAAAAGCCAGAGAAUGGUUCAGAAUUUGCUUAGUAUUGCAAGAAAGAUCUGUGAACGCGUCCAUCGGUCAGCAAAAGCAAAAGAGAAGUUAGCUGAGUUGCAAAAGGAGUAUGAGUUGCCUCAGCAUCAGCUAAUACAAGAUGUUCCAUCCAAGUGGAAUACAUCAUUUCAUAUGCUUGAACGUCUUAUCGAACAGAAAAGAGCAAUUGAUGAAAUGUCAAUUGAGUGCAGCUUUCGGGAGCUAAUAAGUUGUGAUCAGUGGGAAGUCAUGCAGUCAGUGUGUCACGCUCUCAAACCUUUUGAAGCUGCAAGUAGGGAGAUGAGUACACACAUGUCUACACUAAGCCAAGUGAUUCCAAUGAUUCAUAUACUUAACAGGAAAAUAGAAAUGCUAUUUGAGGAAACUAUGGGCAUAGAUACUAUGCUGAAAUCUUUGAAAGAAGCUAUGGUGAGUAGAUUGUCCUCCACGCUUCAUGAUCCAAGGUACAUUUUUGCUACACUUCUGGAUCCCCGGUAUAAAACAUCAUUAUUUACAGAAGAGGAGGCUGAACAAUAUAAACAAGACUUAAUCAGGGAGCUGGAAAUAAUGAGUUCUACCUCAGAUGAUGAUAAACCUGUUUCCAAUGGAUGUGAUAUAGGUUCACCAUCUACAAAUUCCUAUGGGGAAGAUAAUCUCUGGUCACUCAUGGGUGACAUGAAGAAAACAAAAGACCUGAAAGAGAGAGCAAAGUUACCAGAGGAAAUGGUGCUUUCUUACUUGGAGGAAGACGUGCUUGAGCAUAACUGUGAUCCUCUAACUUACUGGAACUUUAAGAAGUCAUCUUGGCCAGUGCUGUCAAAAUUAGCUGUCAGGUUCUUGGGUUGUCCACCAAGCAUUGUUCCUUCAGAGAGGUUGUUCAAUACAUCCAAUGAAAGCAACAACUUUAGUCAGUCAAGGUUAAUGAUUGAACACUUUGAAAAGCUUAUCUUUUUGAAAGUGAAUCUUCCUUUAAUAUACUUCCAGUAUUGAAACUAAUGAACAAACUGCUAGACUAAAUCUAUUGUUGCUCACUGGAUAUUAACUAUCUAUGACUCGGAUUUUUAAAUUGCUCCAGUAGGGGCCAUGUAUGACAUCUAAUCAAUGACUAUAAUUCCAAAUUUUAGGUUCAUUUUUUUUCCAGCUUUCAAUAUGUCUACAUGUGCCUUAUUCAUAGUACUUCAGGCCAGAUAUUGUAUAUAUGUUUUUUAAAAGUUCACACUAGAGAUAGCCUGUCUCGUCAAAUUAUACAAAAUUAUGUAGGUUUUAAUCCAUAAUUGUAAAUGAACUUUUAAAAGCUCAGUCAUUUGUUUUAAUAGAAUGGCAAAAAAAAAAAAAAAAAGAUGUAAACAGUUCUAUUCUGUAGUUUUUUAUUCAAUUAUUAUGUAAAAACCAUAAACCAGGUACUGUAUUUUAGUUGAACAUUGCUUUAAUUGCAAGAGAACAGGUUUUGUAGUUGUCAAAAGAAAGCUGUACGUGAAAGAUGGGGUUCAAGCUGUCUUUUUAUCAUAUGGUGUUUUUAACUGCAAGCCCUAAAGUACUUAAAGGAUUAAGAAGAGUUAUUGAGGAAGAUGUGUUUACAGGAGACUGUUGACUUAGUAUCUGAAAAUAAAUCUUAAAUUUGAGAUGGAAUGUCACUUAUACAGCAAUCGGUAGUAAAACUUCCUGUUCUGGGUUCUCCUGUUCA